CAAAUUUCAGUUUUUUAAAGAUUCAUUUUAUAAUCCUUGGUUAUUUUUUCAUGGAUCAAAAUUUCCACGAAGAAGAAGACAUCUUGAUGGAUAUCGAUCAAACAAAUAAUGAUGAUUUUGAUGCAAGCCUAUUUCUUAUGGUGGUGAUGGUUGCUAUCGGAGCUCAGUUUCAAAACUCAAGAAAGCGUAUCAUGGGUCAACAUUUCAUUGAACGUCCACUUCGUCGACCAGUCACAAACCUUGGAGAACAAUACAUACAAAAGGUAUUAAAAGAAGAUUCUAAACAUUUUCGGGUGUUGUACCGUAUGUUUCCAGAUGUAUUUCUGAAGUUAUCCAGUAUUCUGAGAGAGAAAGCUGGUUUACAAGACACGAGAUUCAUAUCUGUCGAAGAGAUGCUUGCAAUUUUCAUGCUUACUGUUGGGCAAAAUUCACGAUAUUGCUCAGUAAAGGAUACAUUUAAAAGGUCCAAGUUUGCAAUAAGCACUAGCUUUAAUCGUGUUUUGAAAGCUUUACUUGUCAUAGCUCCAAGCCAAAUGGUGAAACCAAAUGGUUUAGUUCCUAUGAAAAUUAGAGAAAGUACACGAUUCUAUCCAUAUUUUAAGAAUUGUGUAGGGGCGCUAGAUGGUACACAUAUACCUGCAAGGGUAGUUGGACGAGAGGUGGCAAGUUAUCGUAACCGAAAAGGAACAAUAUCACAAAAUGUGUUAGCUGUAUGUAACUUUGAUUUGGAGUUCAUAUAUGUUCUUAGUGGAUGGGAAGGUUCAGCACACGAUUCAAAAGUAUUAAAUGACGCUUUAACUAGAAGAACAAACAAUUUCCAAGUACCAGAAGGUAAAUUCUAUCUAGUUGAUUGUGGCUUUGCAAAUCGAGUCAAUUUUUUGGCUCCAUUUCGUGGUGUUCGAUACCAUCUACAAGAAUGGACUGGCCAAGGACGUGAUCCUAGCACUGCAUCCGAAUUAUUCAAUCUUCGUCAUGCUAGUUUGAGAAAUGUGAUCGAAAGGAUAUUUGGAAUGUUUAAAUCGAGGUUUGCGAUUUUUAAAUCUGCACCUCCUUUUUCUUACAAAAAACAAGCUGGAUUAGUAUUAGCAUGUGCAGCGUUGCAUAACUUCCUUCGUAAAGAAUGCCGAUCAGAUGUUGCUGAAUUUCCUGCUGAAGAAGACACUCAACAAUCUGCAACGACUACGAAUCAAGUUGUUCAAGAGCCUUUAGGAACACAAGAGCAAGAUAGAGAAAAUGCAAAUACUUGGAGAAAGACUAUAGCAGAAGAUAUGUGGAGAGAUGCUACGAGUUAAGAUGAUCCAUAGAUUUUAUUUAUUAGUUUUAUGAUUUUAUAAUAAAAUUGCUACACUCAAUAAAAUAUUGUAGUACUUAUUAUUAUUUUUCUUUCAGUUUUAAUAUUAAUAAAUAUUUUAUUCGUGAAAUUUUUAAAAUAUACAUUUCAACAGUUUUAGUAUUCUAUCAAAUUUAUGUAUACUCCUUUAAAAUCCAUCAUAAAAAGAAUUGGAUGAAUGCAUUAAAAUCUCAUCAAUUCUUUUAAAAUACUGCAGAAGCUUUUACUUAUGAAUUCAUUCAAAUUCAAUUACAUUCCUGGAUCCAAUACCACCCCCUAAGUUUAUAUCACAAAAAUAGCACUCAAAAACUAAAAUAACCAAAAUAGCAUUUUAUCUUUUGAAAAAUUUAAAUUUUUUUAUUUUUCAAAAUUUGAAAUCUUAUCCCCAAAACCUCACUUCUCAACUCUAAACCCUAAAACCUAAACUCUAAACCCUAAACCUUAAAUUAUAAACCCUAAACCCCACCCCUUGAGUGCUAUUUUUGUGACUUUUGGCCUUGAGUGCUAGUUUGAGAACAAAAACUUGAUUUAGUGCUAUUUUGGUCUUUUUCUCUAAAAAUAAUUUAUUAUAAAGAUAUUGGAUCGAUGGGUCAACCAUUAACCCAUCUAACCUAUUUAAUUUAAUGGGUCAUGGGUCAAUCCAACCCAUUUAUUAAAUGGGUUGGAUUGACCCAUGACCCAUUAACAGUAAAUUCAUUUGGGUUUUGGGUUGGGUUGACCUAUUUGAUCCAUUUUGACACUCCUAAUCAUGUCUAAGAGGCUUGCUGAAUCAGUUUUUGUUUUUAUAUAAGCUGAAUCUGCUGAGUUAGGUUGUGAUCAGUUAGUUUACAACUCCCUUUUUUUUUUUUUUUUGAUCAAAGUUUACAACUCCCUCUCUUUUCAAAACCCUUGUAGAGUUGGAACCAGGAUUCAAGUGGUUUAUGAAUAUGUUUGCUUGUUGUUGAUUCUCUUGGUUAAUAUAAAUAUAUGGGUCGGCCUUUACUAGGCUGCAAUAGUGGACUGCUUGGAUGUAGCUAGCAAAAUUUUAUCAUAUAUUUUCGUACUUACAUUACUGUGGGAUUGGCCUCACAGAAGUCUUUUCUUUUUGAUAGAUUUCGACUUCGUUCAUUAGUAACUGAAUUGGAUUCAAACUUCACCAACGUUCAAUUUCCAAAGUAAAAGGCAGUCGAAAAAAGCAAUCCAAUUCAAACUCCACCAACGUUCAAUCUCCAAAGUAAAAGUGAACCAAAACAUUUUAGUCAUCUAGCAGUACUGGUCACCAAAAAUUUUAUAUGUGAAACUUUACAAAUAAAAAAGAAUUUAAAUCACGUAAUUUUCUUGUGGAAUUAUAUAUUAGAAAAGCAUUUGGAGGUCUAGUCUUGUUCUAACCAAAAAAGUAUAGAGGAUUAUUUUUUUUAAUAGGAUUUCCACAAUCUUAAAAGAAUCUAAUGAUUCCAAAUUUCUAACCGUUUUUUCUAUAUUUUAGACUCUAUAUGUGAAUUAAGUUUCCAUUGUUUGCUCCCCAAGACUAAUCUAAAUAUAAGUUGACUAAUUAUUAAUAUGACGUAUGUAAAUAAAAUUAUAAAUAUAAAAGAUAUUUCGCCAUAAAAAAAAGCUAGAAAAUCAACAUUCAUGAAAUUGUGAAAGCAUAUAGUUCGCAUGAGUAUUUAUAUAUUAUAAAUUUGUUCAUAAAAAAGGGAAAAGAACAACUCAUGUUGGUUUGGAACUGAUGAAGAAACAACAGUUAGUUUCAUUGGUUGGGGCCACAUUCUAGUGAAACCUCAUGCUUGUAAUGAUUCAUGUUUGGUGUUCAAGCUUUACGGCUAGUUUUCUUUAUUAUAUAACGAAAAAAUAGUAUAACACUACUGUUUUAUAAUGAUUUUAAACGAAAUAAAUGGCCGACAUUAGAAGACAUAUUAAACAAGUGUGAAAACAAAGAUCUUAGGAAAAAGGGUGGUUGGUCAUUUUCAUAGUUUGAUAUGAUAUGAAAGUUUAUGAACGUUGGGUUAAAGGAUUAUCAUUAGUUCAAUGAAAAUCUAAAGGCUAAAACGGCUAUUGAUCAUUUAGUCACGCUAUCAUUUUUACAGUUAAGUUCUAUGACAUUACAAAAUUGACAAAGAAUAAAAAA